AUGGACGUCGUCACAGAUCUUAGUAUCAAGGAGUCGCAGAUAUCGGAACCUUGGUUUCAAGUCAUGGAUCCGAUCUCCAUUGCAGAUGUGUGCAAGACCGAUCUUGAGAAGUGGUCCAUCCUCAAGAAGAACGAGAAGUAUCUAACGGUCCAUCAGGACGUGACACCUAUCUCCAUGUCAGAUACUACUCCCUUCUCAUCAGAAACGCGCGUUCGAGACUCGAUAUGUGUCCACAAGGAGCGCAUGGCAAAAGGCCAUCACCACAUUCAUCAUCGAGUGCCCAAGGUGUUUUCAAAGCUCACCAGGUUCAAUACCACGAGUUAUGGAAGCACUGCUCCCUCAACAGACCAACUUUCUCAAAAGUUGAAGGCAUACAGGCAGAAGUUGGUUAACGAUCACACCGACCUGACAAGCGAAGAACUCCUGCGCCUGGANAAGGAGUUGAGCGCCACAGUCCAGAUUAUCCAACAGAAGUUGAGGUCUCAUGGCAACUCCACAAGCGAAAAGGGCACAAAUUCAUCUGGCAAAACCAGCCUCAGCUCUAGGGCAAGCGAUCUAUCCAAGAAGGCUGCAAAGAAAGUCUCNAAAAGCUUUUGCAUUUCCAUGUCCUGCGGCGCAUCACAACACAACAUCGCCCCUCGUCCCAAAGCAAUCUCGCGACCAAGUUUCGCGUCCACGACAUCCAAACUCGCCAUCAAGUUCCGCAAUCUUGUGGACAAACAAGCUCAACAGUCACACAAGAGCUCUAUCGAGCUUGUCACNCGCAAACCCCCAAACACACCCACAUCACCUGUGUCCUUCAAUCCAGAAAUUUGGAAACUGUCUCCAGGUCGAUCAACUGCAUCACUAAAACGAGCACUCAAGAGGGCAUCAACAUCAUCACAACCACCCUCACCGCGCUCAAGAGCACACUCCUCAGUCGAGUACACACAGGACCAACCAUUCGAACGUCGCGAAUGGAUUCCUAGCGAGAACAUCUCGCCCUGCACGAGCGUCAGCCCAGACGAACCUUCAGACUGCCAAAAGACCGAAAGAGGGUAUGCAGAAUAUCACAGUGAGCACUCUGGCUGGGUCGUCAGAAAGAUCUCGACUGCGUCCUCAGGGUCUGAGUAUGAGAGACCUCUGGGGUGGGAUCUCAGAAAAACAUCGGCUACGUACUCGGCCUCUCACUACAGCAGAUCUAUAUCUGAUUAG